AUGGCGUUGUUGUCCAAAAGAAAUCUGAAAAAAUCUCGGAUCCACCUAGCUCAAGUAUCGCUUCUUGGUUUAUUGUUCAGUGUGUCGUCAGUGUCAGUGUUUACCGACAUACUCAAGUGCUGGAUCGGCAACCCGCGACCAGAUUUUCUUGCUCGCUGCGGACCAUCAUUGGAAACUCCACUAAACACAUUAGUUGGUAUAGAUGUAUGCACUGCGCCACUAGGAAUAAAGCAUUUAUUCGAUGGGUUGAGAUCAACACCACUGGGCCACUCGUCAAUGGCGUUUGCUGGGUUGUUUUAUGUGACUUUGUGGUGCUUCAGUCAGUUUAGAAUAUUAUCAAGAGUCAAGUAUCGUGCUGGGUUAGUAAUUGUCGCUAGUAUGCCUACUUUGGCUGCUGUUUACAUCGCCCUUAGCAGAACCCAGGAUUAUCGUCAUCAUUUCUUUGAUAUUGCUUUUGGGAGUUUAUUGGGGAUUGUGUUUGCCUGGUUUACGCAUUGGAAAUAUCGUGUAGUGGAAGUGGAUCAAUAA